GGAGGGAACAGAGAAGAAAUUGAGAAAGCAAAGAAAGGAGAUGGAUAGAGACAGAAGAUUAUUGGCAUUGGCCAUAGUGCAGGAAACUGAAAGGGGGAUGAUGAGGGGAAAUAAAAAAAAAAAGGGGGGAUACAGAGGUAUAACAGCAAUGCUGGAACCAAGAAGAGAGAAAAAAGGCCAGAGAUCUCAGUACUAAAACCUUAUCAGUGUAGAAAAUGUUAGAGGUUUGGGCAUUGGUGAUGGGAUUGCCCACACACAAAAAAAAAAAAAAAAAAAAAAAACAGCUGCAAAGAUCCAGAGGAUCAGAACCGCAUCUCUCAAAAGCCAUAGAUACAAUCGCAAUAAAUAUGGAAUGAAGGGGACCAGAGAUGAGACCCCAGCCAAACUCCUAGUUACAAUAAGGCUAGGGAAUGAAGAUGUAAAAUUUCUUGUAGAUACAGGUGCAAUGUAUUCAGUUAUCAAUACAUGUAAGGGACAGUUAAGUGAUCAGACAACAUCAAUAAUUGGAGCCACCGGGAAAGCUGGAGUGCAGCCAUUCUUUCAUCCAUUAAAAUUGGAAAACUGUAUACAUACCAAUUUCAGUAUAUGCCUGAUUGCCCAGUGCCAUUAAUGGGGAGAGAUACUGUGAACAAACUUCAGGCCCAAAUCACAUUUGGUAAAGGACAAGUCAAAAUGCAUACUUCAGAAAAUAAAACUGUGGAGGCUUAAGUUCUUAUGUUACAGAGAUCAUUCCCUACUGACCAGACAGUACCAGAGGACUUGGAAAAUGCCGUAAUACUGUGGAUCGAAGCAUCAGAGACACCGAGACGACUGAGACAAGCUGAACCAGUAAAGUAAUGGUAACUAUCCAGCUGAAGCCAGGAGCAGCACCGGUAAGACGAAAUGUUCUUCAGAACUAUAGCGCCUAGAGCCUUUGGUACAGUAUUUUAACUUUCUAAACAGCCCCAUGAAGUCUUAAAAGGAGAAGUGGAAAACCUGGUGUGGACACUGGAAUGUGGAAGUCCUUCAGAGUCCUCAAGUUAGAAAGCCCCUGUUUAAAAGCUGUAGCAGUUAGAAUCUUGCUUAUACAGGAGGCCAGAAAAUUGACUUUGGGAAACAGAAUAACUUUGUAUAUUCCUCAUAUGGUUACUGCAGUACUGAAUCAAUCAAAAGAGAAGUUAUUGGUUAUCUCUGAGCAGGAUCAUGAAGUACCAAGUGGUCCUGAUAGAUCAAGAGGAAAUGAAAUUAAAGCUAUGAAAAUGUUUGUGGAUGGUAGCAGUUUUGUGCGAGAUAGCUUAAGAAGGCCAGGUAUGCUGUGACAACCAGAGAUGAAAUAACAGGUUGGAACUCUGGCACUACCACCUCAGCAGAGAAAGCAGAACUCACAGCCUUGUUAAGAGCACUGUUGUUAGCAAAAGGAAAAAGUGCCAAUAUUUGGGCAGACUUAAAAUUUGCAUUUGGGGUUGUGCAUAUGCAUGGUGCUGGAAAGAACAGAGGCUAUUAACCUCCCAGGGAACACCUGUGAAAUAUGGAGAAACAAUAAUAAAACUGCUAGACUAAAAGAAAUAGCUAUAAAACACUGCAAAACCCACCUGUCAAACAACAAUGAUAUCAAUACGGUCAACAACCGUGCAGAUACAGCUGCCAAAAAUGCAGCAGAAGGAGCUUUCCUCCAACUAAUACCCCCAAGAUAUCAAGGACUGUUUAAUGAACAUCCAAAGUACUAGACAGAAGAUGAAAAACCAGCUUCCUUGCUAAAAGCUGAGAAAAACAAAGCAGGAUGGUGGGCAACUCCAAACAACCAAGUAAUAGUUCCCCAACCAGUAAUGAGGAAAAUAGUAGAGGAUAAUAAUCAAACUGUGUGCUAGGGAUCAGAUGCCAUCAUCAGCAAUCUAAAGACUCAAAUUUUAAGUGUGUGAAUAGGAGAAAUUGUGAAAAACAUGGUGAAGUAUGCCUGAAAUGUAAUCCACAGUAUGCAAAAAGACCACCUCCUGCAGUUACAAGGAGAGGACACAGCCCAGGAAACUGUUGGCAGGUAGACUUUUCUGAGCUCCCACGACAACCUGGGUACAGGUACUUAAUGGUAUUGGUUGAUACUUUUUCAGGAUGACUGGAAGCUGAUCCCUGUCGCACCAAUGAAGCAAGAGAAGUACUAAAGGUUAUGCUAAAAAACAUUAUAUCUAGAUUUGGGGUACUAGUAGGGAUAUCAUCAGGUAGAGGUUCACAUUUUGUAGCUGAAAUUGUUCAAAACCUAGGAAGAAUCAUUGGAAUAGUAUGAGAUUUACAUACUCUGUAAAGGCUGCAGUCUAGUGGAAAGACAGAAAAAAUGAAUCAAACUUAAAAAAACAAAUUAGUAAAAUCUGUUAAGAAACUGACUUGAAAAGCCCUGAGGCUCAACCUCUCACUUUACUAUAUGUUCCGAUAAAACAACAUGCUAAAGAGAAAAUUAGUCCUUAUGAAAUGCAUGGAAGGCCAUUUCAGGUAUUGGUGGAUAAUAUUGAUGUAAACCAAUUAGGUGAACUGAAACUAAGAGAAUAUGUCAUCUCUUUGGGGAAAGCUCUAUUCACAGGUUUGUGGCUCUGGUGGCACCUCUGGAAGUCAUAGCACAUCCAUUCCAACUUGGGUAGUGGGUGUAUCUAUGGACUUGGAGCUCUGAACCACUGCGGGAGAAGUGAAAAGGACCAUAUCAAAUACUACUGACAAUGCACACUGCUACUAAGGUGGCAGGAGUAGACUCUUGAAUUCAUUACAGAAGAACAAAAAGUGCCCAGCCAACAGUGGCAAGUAGAACAGACUGCACUGAUGAAACUGAAAUUUUCACAUAAAAGAAUGCAACUUGUGAACAGGGAAAUGAAAAAUCAUAUUAUGAACUUGAAUGUAGUUAUGGAGAUAUAGUUACUUUUAGAGUAUAAUGUGAUUGUUUGUCUUAUAUUAACUGCAUUAAUUGCUCACUUAUAUUAAUUGUUUGGGGAAAAAAACCCACCUCUAUUGCAGUACUUAAAGGAUGUAUAUUGUUUGUCUAAAAUGAUAAUAAUUUUAGCAAUACUUAUUUAUGCUUAUCAAUUGAAUGCAUGGGAUCAAAAUAAGCACAUGAAGCUGAUGAAAAAGGUGGCUGAUGCUGACAAUUCUAGUUCUUAUUGGAUAUGCUCAGAAUUGCCAAAAUAUGAGACAAACCCAUUACAAGGAUUACCACUACCAAAACAGAGUUGGGAAACAGUACUUGUUAACAAAUCCAUAGAGUACUUUGCAGGUAAAUAUGAAGAGUCACAAACAUUUGUAGGAACCCAGCCUAUGAAUGAUACCAUUUGUCUGAUGGAUGACCAGUCAAAUAGGGAAGGCUCCAGUAGGAAAAUAUCCACACUAUAAAUGGACAGUACAAAUGACAAAUAAGUAUUUUGGAAAAAACAGGGAUAAAUAUUGGGUGUCAACUAAAGGAAAAGGGUGGUACUGGCUAUGUGGAGAUCGAACUUGGAAAGUAUUACCCCCAUAGUGGACUGGAACUUGUACCCCAGGAAUAGUAACAGCAAGGAUGAUAGUAACAAAUCAGUUAACUGUGGUAAUACAGGCCUGAGUACCCUCCAAAGUCAAGAGAGAAGUCCUUAAUCCACUAAUAGAAAGACCUAGUAGUUUUCACUCAUUCAUUGGGUGCUUACUUCCCUCUAUAGGAGAUGCGGAAUUGGAAAAGGGUAUAGCAAGCAUUUCAGCAGUCAUGGAACACCUCAAAAAUGAAACAUUAGAUGCCAUUAUUGCCCUGAAAGAAGAAGUCCAAAGCUUACUCAAGACUUGUGCCUGCUAGCUUGCUUCCUGCAGCGAAUACAAAGUUCUGAAACAAUCAGCCUGAUUGAUCAGGUGCUCUGCUGUUAGCAAUGAUAACAAUUGGAACAGAAGGCCACCAUGUGGAGUCAUGAGCCUCCUCAACUCAAAUGAAAAGACCUCAGGAAAGACUGGAGGAAGAAAUGAAGAAAAGAUAGAGGGUGAAAAAGAAAAAUUGAGGGAAUGGCUGAAGCGACAUACCAAGAAGAGACAAUUUUUUGCUGAAGAUGGACUCUAUCCCUUCAUCCAGAUUACUGAUAAAGAUGUUGAGUAAGACUGGGCCCUGUACUGACCUGUGGGGAACACCGCUAGUUACAGGCCUUCAACCAGACUCUAUGCUGUUCAUCACAACCCUCUGAGCUCUACCACUCAGCCAGUUCUCACUUUAUCUACUGUCCUCUCAUGUACUCCACACUUACUAAGUUUCAUUACAAGGAUGGUCUGGGAGACAGUGUCAAAAGCCUUGCUGAAGUCAAGGUACACAACAUCCACUGCUCUUCCCUCAUCUACCCAGCCAGUGAUGACAUAAUAGAAGGCUACCAUGUUGGCUGAGCAUGAUUUCCACUUGGGACAGAGGUGAGGCUGACUGCUGUUGCCCGGAUCCUCCUUCUUGCCCUUUAUGAAGACUGGAGUGACAUUGGCUAUCAUCCAGUCUUCAGGACUGGACAUUCUCCAAGACCUUUCAAAGAUGAUAGAGAGCAGUCUGGCAGUCACUUCUGCCAGCUUCCUCAGCACUCAUGGGUGCAUCCAUCAGGACCCAAGGAUAUGUGUCCAUUUUGCUUAGACAACCUCUGAUCAGCUCCUGCUCAACCAACGGUAAACCGUAUUUUCUCCAGACUCUCUUACCUCCAGGGUCUGGGAUUUCCUGUGAUUUUUCAGUUGUAUCAGUAAAGACUGAAGCAAAGAAGGUAUUCAUCAUCUCCAUCUUCUCAGCAUACCCUGUUAACAGGGCACCCACCUCAUUAAACAGCAGAACAAUAUCUUUCCUCGUCCUCCUUUUUCUGUUGACAUACUUAAAAAAAGCCAUACUUGUUCUUGACCUCUCAUGCCAGGUUUAUUUCUAAAUGUGCCUUAGCUUUCCUCAUUGUGUCCCUGCAGGCUCUGACAGUAUUGCUAUAUUCCUCCCAAGUGACCAGGACAUUUUUCCACAUUUUGUAAACUUUCUUCUUCUACUUGAGUUUAUCCAAGAACUCCUUGCUCAUGCAUGCAAAUCUCCUGCUAUUUUUGCUUGAUUUUUUACUCUUAGGCUGCACCAAUCUUGAGCUUGGAAGAAGUUGACCAAAACUCUUCUUAACAGUUGUAAUCCUCCCGAUGUCUACCUCUGACAAAUAAGCUGGUCUGCCAUGACCUCUUCUUUUCCUCCGUCCAUUUGUUUUAAGUGCUAAGCUGCCUUGUGAGUCUGACCAUGACAAUUUCAGGAUCAGUCACAUCUUUUCCUCUCACCAGGAAAUCCACUGGUAAAGCAAGUCAGUCAGCCCCAUAAGCCCCAGAUGUGAGACCUGUUCCAGAGUGAGUCCAACUUAAUUUGCUGUGUGUGAUUUGGGGACUCCUUGGGACCCAGUACUCCAGUCUGUGAGAGACAUUACUUGGUGGUGAUCCCUGCACAUCUCCGCUACCCAUCCAUUCAAGUUGCCUGCCUACAUAUCACCUGUUAUGAAGCAAAGAUUCAAGUAAAGCUGGUCCUGGAGCGCUUUGCAGGACAUGAUCUCUUAGUGCAAAAAAACAUCCAAAAGGAGAAGACUUUCAUGUGCACUAAGUUCUGGGUUGCACCUCCAGCUGAUGGCACAGAGGAGAUUGCCACUGUCAGACUGAUUAUUACAGGUCAAGGGGUCAAUAUUGAGGAGAAGAAAAAUGUCCUGAUCCACAAGGCAAACAGUGGCACCUUCAUUCAAAUGGACAAGCCCAUCUAUAAACCAGGGCAAACAGUGAAAUUUCGUAUUGUGACUCUGGAUGAGGACUUCAUUGCAUUUAAUGAUUCGAUUUCCGUGUUUCUCCAGGACCCCAAGAACAACCGGAUAGAGCAGUGGCUGAAUGUGGUGCCCCAAGAAGGCAUUGCAGAUCUGUCUUUCCAGCUAAGUGAUGAGCCUCUGCUGGGGACAUAUGUCAUCAAUGUAACCAACAGGAAAAUAUAUGACAGCUUCACCGUUGAGGAGUAUGUGCUGCCAAAAUUUGAAGUGAUCUUUGAGGCACCAGUGAAGAUUUAUGCACUAGAUAAAACUUUUCCACUUCGGGUAUGUGGCAGAUACACCUAUGGGAAAGCUGUCCAGGGGAUGGUUUAUGUGAGUCUUUGUCAGAAGAUAUCUCAGUUCUUGCCCAGUGCUUCGAAACCUGAUCUCUGUCAGGAAUUCUACAACCAGACAGACAAUAUGGGUUGCUUCUUCACAAAUGUGACACUAUCCUUCAGCCAAGACUUGAGGUACUAUCGGGACAGCAUAGUUGCAGAGGCCUCACUGUUGGAGGAUGGCACAGAGAUACAGGUCAAUGCUUCCCAUAAAUUACUCAUCUCCAAGAUUGGUGGAAUGGCCUUGUUUGAUGAUGUGAAUUCUUACUAUCACGCUGGAGAGAUGUACAGAGGGAAGAUCAAAGUCAUUGACUACAAAGGCAAGAUGCUGAAGUACAAAAAAGUCCUCCUUGUAGUAAGUUUUGGUGAGCAGCAGUUUCAGCAAAAGUACCUCACUGGGGACACUGGAACAGCUUCGUUUAGCCUAAACACAACUGCUUGGAACAGCACCUCAGUCUCCCUGGAGGCAAGUGUCCUGCAUCAAGAUAUGGAUAGAGAGCCAGGGACAGUUGAUUUGAAUUACAUGAGAGCCUCUCAUUUCAUACGUCCAUUCUACAGCACCAGCAGGAGUUUUCUCAGUAUUGUCCAUGUGCCAGAAAUGAUGCCCUGUGGUAAAAAGCAGGCUAUCCAGGUGGACUUCAGAAUUUACCAGGAAGACCUGGAACAUGGGCCCAAGCGUGUAAUUUUCUCCUACCUUGUCACGGGGAAAAGUGGAAUAGUCCAUGCAGGUCAGAAAACUGUUUGGGUUGGGCUGCCAAGAAUGCUGAAAGGCUUCUUCUCCAUCCCUGUUACCUUCAGUUCAGUCUAUGCUCCAACUUCAACACUUAUUGUUUAUGUUAUCUUCCCUAAUGGGAAAACCAUCGCAGAUUCUGCUGUCUUCAGUGUCUCCAUGUGUUUCAGAAAUAAGGCAGAGCUGAGCUUCUCAGUGCCCAAGAUUCUUCCUGGUUCAGAGGUUAAUCUCCACCUGCAGGCAGCACCUGGGUCUACAUGUGCUGUCUGGGCUGUGGAUCAGACUGUCUUUUUGCUGAAGCCAGAAAAAGAACUCAGCCACUCUAUGAUCUAUGGGCUCUUUCCAUCUAUUCCAUCUACAUACUCCGGGUAUCCUCAUCAAGUGUCUGAAGAUGACAAUUCAUGCGGGUUCCAAAAUUCUGAUCAGCCUGAUGUGUUUACAGCAUUCAGGGAAAUGGGAUUGAAAAUUAUGUCCAACACCAAUAUCAGGAAACCAAGACUGUGUCUAACUACUCAGUCAACAACCAUGAUGCAGGAAAGAGGGAUGUUCACUUCCAGGCCUAUGUUGAUGUUUGCUCAGCCCCAUAAGGAAUCUAACACAGGACAUCUGAUGACAUCUACCUAUCAGCCCACUAUGUUUUCACCUGUUUCUUCACCUGAGGAGAAAGUGCACAAGUAUUUCACAAAAACCUGGCUAUGGGAUUUGUAUUCUGUCGGUCCCAGUGGAAAACAGACUGUCACUGUCACUGUACCUAACACUAUCACAGGAUGGAAAGCUGGGAUGUUCUGCACAGGACAUAAUGGCUUCGGACUUGCUCCAACCUCCAGUCUGCUUGUUUUCAAGCCCUUUUCUGUGGAGCUCACACUUCCGUCUUCUGUGAUCCAGGGUGAGACCUUCAUCUUGAAGGCCACAGUCCUCAGCUACCUGCAACAAUGUAUGAAGAUCCAAGUGACUAUGGAGGAGUUCCCACAGUUCCAGCUGAAGUCAUGUGAGGGUUGUGUCUACAGCAGCUGCUUAUGUGCUGGAGAAGUAAGGACAUUUCUGUGGAGUGUCACAGCUGAGCGACUAGGGUUCACGAACAUCACUCUCAGCACAGAGGCCAUUGCCACCAAAGAGCUCUGUGGCAAAGAGAUACCAUUUGUCCCAAACCAAGGACAGAAAGAUACAAUCACCAAACUCCUUUUAGUCCGGCCAGAGGGAGUGCUAAUAGAAAAGGCUCACAGUUCCAUCCUGUGUCCCAAGAAAGGGAGUCCAGCAGAGGAGUCUGUGUCCUUAACGUUGCCUCCAAAUACGGUUGAAGGUUCAGUGAGAGCUACUGUCUCAGUCACUGGUGACCUCAUGGGGACAGCACUGCAAAACUUGGACCACCUGGUGCAGAUGCCCCAUGGCUGUGGGGAGCAGAACAUGGUACUGUUUGCCCCCAUUGUCUAUAUGCUGCAGUACCUGGAGAAGACAAGGCAGCUGACUCCUGAGAUUAAGGAGAGGGCAACAGGAUUCUUGCGCAAUGGGUAUCAGAUACAGCUGCAGUAUCAACAUCCUGAUGGUUCUUUCAGUGAAUUUGGUACCAAGGAUGAGUACGGUAAUACUUGGCUGACUGCAUUUGUGGUCAAAUGCUUUGCCCAAGCCAAGCCAUACAUUUUCCUGGACGACAGGAGCAUUCAAGCUGCUUUCAAUUGGCUGGAGUUCCACCAGCUUCCGAAUGGCUGCUUCAGGGAUGUGGGCCAACUUUUCCACACAGCCAUGAAAGGAGGUAUGGAUGGGGAAGUUCUCUUGGCUGCCUACAUCACUGCUGCAUACAUGGAGAGAGGAGAUACACCAGAGAGUACAGUGGUGCGCAAGGCUCUGGGGUGUAUCAUUCCUUCCCUUCCCAAAGCUACCAGCACUUACACACAGGCCCUGCUGGCCUACACCUUUGCCCUGGCUAAGGAUCCUCAGCGCACACAAGAGCUUCUUGACAUACUUGAUGAAAAGGCAAUCAGAGCAGGUGGGCAGAUCCAUUGGAGUCAGACCCCAUCCAAGGCACACAGCACUAGCCUUUGGUCACAGCCACUGUCUGUGGAUGUGGAGUUAACAGCUUAUGUCCUCCUGGCCCUGCUCUCCAAGCCAAAUGUCACAGAGGCUGACUUCACCAUAGCCUCUGGCAUUGUGGCGUGGCUCACCAGACAGCAAAAUGCCUAUGGAGGAUUUGCCUCAACCCAGGAUACGGUAGUUGCCCUGCAGGCCUUGGCUAAGUAUGCAGCGCUGACACACAACACAAAAGGGGUUGCAGAAGUGAGAGUGAGGUCCCAGAGAGGCUCUGGGAGGAAGUUCCAAGUUUCCUACCACAAUCGGCUUUUGGUGCAGGAGAUGGCACUGAGAGAAAUCCCAGGAAAGUUCUCAGUGCAGGCCCAUGGCAGCUGUUGUGUCUUUACCCGGACAGUGCUGAGAUACAACAUUCCCUUCCCUCAGGUUUCCAAGUCCUUUGCCUUACAAGUGAAAACCAAGCCAGACAAUUGCACUGAGGACGAUGCAUACUCUGUUACUCUUUAUGUCAAUGUCAGGUACACUGGGAAGAGAGCCAUUUCCAACAUGGUGAUUGUGGAAGUGUCCCUACUGUCUGGAUUUGUCCUGGCUGCAAGAUCUGGGAUGUCUCCACAUCAUUGGUAUCCUGUGAGAAGAACAGAGAAAACCCAAGCAGGUGUUGCCAUCUACUUGGACAAGCUGAGCCAUGUGUCUGAGACAUAUGUCCUGCAUCUAGAAAGGGAAAUUGAAGUGACCAACCUGAAGCCAGGACAAGUCAGAGUCUAUGACUACUACCAUCCAGAGGAGCAGGCCCUUGCUGAUUAUAAUGUUUCCUGCAUCUGAGGGACAUGGCCUGCUCUCUUAUUGUCCACUGUUUCGACCCACAGGAGUUCUACUAGUGGGACAUGCCCUAGGAUGGAAAUCACAGUUUGAUAUUGGUGCUGGGGAAGAUCUCAAAUUGCAUUUCAGGACUAAACCCAGCCCAUGCCAUGCUGCUCACCUUGACAGUCAUUUUUGGGUGUAUUCUUUUGGGUGUCUGAUUAAUUCUGAUCGUUAUAAUCCAGGGAUUUUCUUGCUUGUAAAAAGAAGGAAAAUAAAAUAUAAAUCAUAAAUCUGA